AAGUAGCACGGAUUGCUCAUCCGAUCCGUGCAGCCGCAGCGAGUGUGUCAAGUUACAGAGGCGCCGGAAUCGGCCCCAGCGCUCCUCCGCAGCGGCCACGACCCACCUCAGCCCAUGGAGCCCUCCAUGUGCGUCCCUUCGCCCGGGGACUGAAACUGGCUUGCCUGGGAAACGCAAAACACCCAGAAGAACCGACUGCGCGACACCAGAUCGAGGACUCUACAGACACUUGAAGGCAAAGACGGGCGGAGAGCCGGCCAGAUUCCCCCAACUUUCCCGGACUUGGAACGUUCUUCGAAAUAACUUUUUUCCCCUCACUUUGGUGUAACGAUUGCCACCCGUUGUGGGUUUUGCCUUCCCCCCCACCCUCCUAUUGCUAAUUUUUACGUCCUCUUUGCCGGGAGCAAAGGAAAGGGACGUUUUCCAGCAACACAAACCCUUUCCCCCUGCCCGCAGUUUGGAUCGCGCCUUUUGGAGGCAGCUCUCGCCUUUAUUUAUUCUAUUUAUUUAUUUAUUGGUUCUCAAGACGCGAGAGAAUGGUAGCGGAGCGCGCUCGCAAAGCGGCAGCGGCGGGUGCCCGCGGCCCUGGAGAGCUGGGCGCGCCGGGCACGGUGGCACUGGCGGAGCGCUGCGCGCGGUUGCCCAGCCCAGGGUCGUGCGGGCUGCUGGCGCUGGCCCUGUGCUCGCUGGCGCUCAGCCUGCUCGCUCAUUUUCGGACGGCGGAGCUGCAGGCCCGGGUACUGCGCCUGGAAGCGGAGCGCGGGGAGCAGCAAAUGGAGACGGCUAUUUUGGGACGAGUCAACCAACUGCUGGACGAGAAAUGGAAGCUCCAUUCACGCAGGCGCCGGGAGGCCCCAAAGAUGUCUUCAGGAUGUAACUGCCCACCAGGACCUCCUGGCCCCACUGGAAGACCCGGACUCCCAGGGGACAAAGGUGCCAUUGGGAUGCCUGGACGUGUGGGUGCCCCAGGAGAUGCCGGAAUGUCCAUCAUUGGUCCCCGAGGCCCCCCUGGUCAACCAGGCACUCGAGGCUUCCCCGGAUUUCCGGGUCCCAUUGGCCUGGACGGCAAACCGGGCUACCCUGGACCAAAAGGAGAGAUGGGCCUGCCAGGUUCCCGAGGACAGCCGGGACCGCAAGGACAAAAAGGAGAAAAGGGUCAGUGUGGCGAGUACCCACAUCGGGAAUACCUGAGCAGCACGCUAGCAGCUCUGCGCUCCAACCAGAUAAUUACCCUGAAGCUGCUGCCUCUCCUCAAUUCAGUGCGGCUGGCUCCACCCCCAGUCAUUAAAAGGCGGACCUUCCAGGGUGAGCAGGGCCAGACUGGCAUCCAAGGCCCACCAGGACCACCAGGUCCCCCUGGACCAAGUGGACCUCUGGGGCACCCAGGACUGCCAGGACCCAUGGGGCCGCCUGGCUUACCUGGGCCUCCUGGACCAAAAGGAGACCCAGGCAUCCAGGGGUACCAUGGCCGCAAGGGAGAGCGGGGCAUGCCAGGGAUGCCGGGCAAGCAUGGAGCCAAGGGGGCUCCUGGGAUCGCAGUGGCUGGGAUGAAGGGUGAGCCAGGGAGUCCAGGCAUCAAGGGUGAGAAGGGGGCUGCUGGUUCCCCUGGGCUCUCUGGGCUCCUUGGACAAAAGGGAGAAAAAGGUGAUGCUGGCAACUCCACUGGAGGAAGCAAGGGUGAACCUGGUUCCCCAGGACUCCCUGGGCCUCCGGGGCCAAAGGGAGAAGCUGGAGUGGAUGGCCAGGUUGGGCCCCCAGGAAAGCAAGGAGACAAGGGGCAGCCUGGAGCAGCUGGAGAGCAGGGACCAGCUGGCCCCAAGGGCUCCAAGGGAGAACCCGGGAAAGGAGAGAUGGUGGAUUACAAUGGAAAUAUCAACGAGGCUCUCCAGGAGAUCCGAACAUUGGCCUUGAUGGGGCCUCCUGGUCUUCCUGGGCAAAUAGGCCCACCUGGAGCUCCAGGGAUUCCAGGCCAGAAGGGAGAGAUUGGACUGCCAGGCCCUCCAGGACAUGAUGGGGAAAAGGGACCUCGAGGCAAACCAGGAGACAUGGGCCCUGCAGGCCCCCAAGGACUCCCAGGAAAGGAUGGGCCUCCAGGAAUAAAGGGAGAAACUGGACAACCAGGGAGCCCGGGAGAGAAAGGAGAGAAGGGGGAGACGGGACAAGCUGGCUCACCAGGAGAGAAAGGAGAAGCCGGGGAGAAAGGUGAACCGGGAGCAGAGGUUCCUGGGCCACCAGGGCCAGAGGGGCCUCCUGGACUUCCCGGCCUCCAAGGUGUUCCUGGACCAAAGGGGGAAGCAGGCCUAGAUGGAGCAAAAGGAGAGAAGGGUGCACAAGGAGAAAAAGGAGACCGAGGGCCUCUGGGAUUACCCGGAGCUUCAGGUUUGGACGGCAGGCCUGGGCCACCGGGUACUCCAGGACCAAUCGGAGUUCCAGGCCCAGCGGGACCAAAGGGCGAGAGGGGCAGCAAAGGAGACCCAGGGAUGACAGGACCAACGGGAGCAGCUGGACUUCCUGGUUUACAUGGACCACCCGGGGACAAAGGAAACCGGGGGGAGAGGGGGAAGAAAGGCUCUAGAGGGCCUAAAGGGGAUAAGGGAGACCAAGGAGCACCUGGAUUAGAUGCCCCCUGUCCGUUGGGUGAAGACGGCUUACCAGUCCAGGGCUGUUGGAACAAGUGAUGCCCCUAACCUUGGAUUGGCCUGUGUGUGUGUUUGUACAUAGAAUAUUUAUUUUUAUACAGUUUUCACUUUUUUGGAAAUACCAGAAGUAUGAUGCAUCUUACAGAUUAUUAAAAAAGAGAAAAACCUGCAUAUUUUGUACAGAAAAUAACAACUUCUUCCCUUUUGUUUACAAGAUGUUUUGUAUAAUCCUGUCUCUAAUACACUUUCUGUUUGUGAGUACGGCCCUAAUGUUUGCAUGAUAUUUGUGCACACUUAUGAAGUACCAAAGCUUAAUAAAUUAUUGUGUUCUGGUGCCAAAGAGGGUCAUCCAGCACCGAGGUGCUGCUAGCUUGUGUGUGAACUCAUACAAAUGAGGAGGUCCGUGACAUUUGCCAGACUCCACGUGUCCAAGAAUACUUUAAACUGAUGGAUUCUCAUUAUUAAAAAAAUGAAACGUGACAAUUC